AUGGGCUACGUACAGUGGUCGGCCAGCCAUCUUGCGGAGCUUAGCAUCGUGGGAAACGAUCACUGUGCUCACACCUUCGAGCCGGCGGCGCUUGUACUUCUCGAAUGGAGCCUUGAGGGUGCUUUUUGGUGGAUCGAGGAGAAGUCCUGCCAUGCAUUUGAUGGUGGGCUGCAGGGCUUCCUCCGUGUAGCGCCCAAAGUUCGACAUCAGGGCACCCCGCCUGUGCUGGUCCUCCCGGUCAAACAACGACAGGCUGAGGCCGACGGCCGCAGUAGCCUGCUCGGAGGGCCGCACCCAUGCCUUGGGGUAGUCCAGCAGGCACAGCACCAGCACCAACUUGGCCAGGUUGUGCUCCGCAAUUUCAGCCUGGGCUGCCUUGGAGUUUCGGCGCGGGUGGUAAAGACGCAAGGGUUGCCCCAGGAACCAGUCGAGUGUGCGAAGGAUCUGCUGCUCCAUGCGCAGCACGUCCUUGCUCUGGUAAGCACCAACGGUGACGUAGAUCAUGUCUCCAAGUGCGGGCGGCAUCAUCGCCUCAAACUUGCCGGCAACAAAGAUGGCCGACACACCCAGCAGCUGAAGCGUGGAACGGCUCACACUCUGCCCCUGCAGGAAUUUGUCACCUUCUGCAUACUCUGGGACAAGGCAGCCACAUCCUCAGUUAUCCACGGAGUAGGUGGCAUGCACCAUCUGCCUCUCUGCACGCCAGGUUGCGCCCCAGCCCGCUCUUGUUGCCACGGGCAUCACUCGGCGAUGCAAGAGGCAGCUCCUGGAGCGGCCUGGGCUCGAAGUUAUCCACGGAGCAGGCAGCAGGCACCAUCUGCAUCUCUGCACGCCAGGUGGUACCCCAGUCCGCACUUGUUGCCAUGGGCAUCUCUCGGCGACACAAGGGGCAGGUGCCUGUGCCAAUUGGAAGCCUGUCAUGGACACAGUCGGAGCAGAACACGUGCCGGCAGGGGCAUUUAUUUCGAGUGGGUCACGAAACUCAUACCGGACAAGGUGCACACCAGCUCCUGGAGAGGGCUGGGCUCGAAGUUAUGCACGGAGCUGGCAGCAGGCACCAUCUGCAUCGCUGCACGCCAGGUGGCACCCCAGUCCGCACUUCUUGCCCCAGGUGGCAGCAGAGAAGCCUUCUGGGCCUCUCUGAUGCCACAUCGGGUGACCGACAUCGAAGCGGGCGACCCCGAGGAGGCCCAGAUGUGCGCCCAGUAUGCACAGGAGAUCUUCGACUACAUGGCAUACCUUGAGACCAAGUGGCCUGUGGAACCUAAGUUCCUCCGGCUGCAAACGGCGGUGACACCCGAGAUGAGGGUCAUCCUCAUCAACUGGAUGAUGAUGGUGCACCAACGCUUCCAGCUGCUCCAAGAAACAUUGUUCCUGGCCGUCUCACUCACUGACAGAUUCCUCCAGGUGCAGAGUGUGAGCCGUUCCAAGCUUCAGCUGCUGGGUGUGUCGGCCAUCUUUGUUGGCGGCAAGCUUGAGGAGAUGAUGCCGCCCACACUUGCAGACAUGAUCUACGUCACCGAUGGUGCUUACCAGAGCAAGGAAGGGCUGCGCAUGGAGCAGCAGAUCCUUCGCACACUCGACUGGUUCACGGUGCAACCCUUGCGUCUUUACUUCCCGCGCCGAAACUUCAAGGCAGCCCAGGCUGACAUUGUGGAGCACAACCUGGCCAAGUUGAUGCUGGUGCUGUGCCUGCUGGACAACCCCAAGGCAUGGGUGCGGCCCUCCGAGCAGGCUGCUGCGGCCGUCUGCCUCACCCUGUCGUUGUUUGACCGGGAGGACCAGCACAGGUGGGGUGCCCUGAUGUCGCACUUUGGGCGCUACACGGAGGAAGCCCUGCAGCCCACCAUCAAAGGCAUGGCAGGACUUCUCCUCAAUGCACCAAAAAGCACCCACAAGGCUCCAUACGAGAAGUACAAGCGCAGCCGGCUCGAAGGUGUGAGCACAGUGAUCGUUUCCCACGAUGCCAAGCUCCGCGAGAUGGCUGGCCGACCCUGAGGAAAUGCAGAAGAUUUCAGUGGACACUUUUAUU